UUAUUAUUAUAGCUGUUUUUUUAAUUAAAUUUAUCUGGCUGGUGUCAUUGUUCAAUGAUAAGGAGAGGACUUCUGAUCUUCUUGGGGGAUAUAUCAGCUUUGUCACCACAUGGGAAAUCUUCUGUUUUGAGCCAGUUGGUUUCUUAAUAUAUUUUUAAAAAUUGUUUCUUUCUUUCUCUCUUGUGCUCUGUCAAUCACUCUCUUUGGCUUUCCCCCAAUUUCUGGAAAGUCCACCACAACUCAAGAUUCUUUUUUUUUUGCCAGGUUUCCUUGCAUGUUGGGGGCAACCAUGAACAGAUUUGGUUUAAUUUCUUUCAUGGGAGUUUUAUUUUGUUGACUAUUAUCAGUUGAGAUUAUUACUCAAGUUGAAACUGAAGAAUUUAUAGAUUUUGGUGGAGAAAAAGAUAUGGCUACUUAUUUCCCGGGGUUGACCGACCAGAGAGAAGAUCUUCAAAUGUCGUUAUUGCCAAACGAGAAGCAUCAAAAUUCGUACGAAUCGCCCGGUUUUCAAAACAACUUGAUGUAUUUGAACCAUCCUUCCACUAUAGCUUCGUACCCGGAUUUACCCUCCUUGUCUGCUUAUUCUGCAAAGCCUUUCAAUGAUCAAAGUGUGGAACAGAAUCUUCAGUAUCAGGGGUUAUCACUUAGUUUGGCAAUGCAAGUUCCAUCUUCUGUUCAAAUCCCACCGUACCAUGACCAGUAUACAAACCCCGGAUUCUCUGCACUAAUGGCCACACAAAUGAUGGGUUCAGAGCAGGGAUCACACAAUGAUGAAACCAAGCGUGUUGAAUACGUGUCGUUUGGGUUAGAGGGAGACAACCUGGAGAGGCCAAUGAGUCUUAGAGAGAUGAAUUUUAGUCCACAUAUACAUGAUGUUUCAGGGAGCAUUUACAAUUCUAAGUAUCUUAAGGCCACGCAGGAGUUGCUUGAGGAAGUGGUUAGUGUCCAUAGAUCUCUCAGGAAACCAGACAAAAAUAGCGCGCAUUCGUUUGGCCAAGAUGAAGAUGCUGAUCUGAAAUCAUCCAGCUGCUCUGGGAAUGGGAUGUCUUCAGACGGUCACAAGUCAAGUGACACAUCAUGCGAACUAUCAGCUGCCCAACGACAUGAUCUUGAGAGCAAGAUCACAAAAUUGUUCUCCAUGUUGGAUGAGGUGGAUAAGAGGUACAAACAAUAUUACCAACAGAUGCAAGAUCUGGUAUCCUCCUUUGAAAUGAUUGUUGGGCUUGGUUCUGCCAAGCCAUACACAUCACUAGCCCUAAGAACAAUUUCUUGUCAGUUCCGUUGCCUGCGGGAUGCAAUCAAGAAGCAGAUUCAAGUUGCACGGCAGAGCUUAGGAGAGGGGCAAGGGGGUAGCAGUCAAGGAGAGAGAUUGUACCGCCUGCGUUACGUGGAUCAGAAGCUGAGGCAACAAAGGACACUUCAUCAGUUUGGUUUGGUGAUGAGACAGCCUUGGAGGCCUCAGAGAGGUUUACCAGAAAAUGCUGUUUCUGUGCUCCGUGCUUGGCUUUUCGAACAUUUCCUCCACCCGUACCCUAAAGACUCGGAAAAGAGCAUGUUGGCAAGGCAGACAGGGUUAACCAGAAGCCAGGUAGCAAACUGGUUCAUAAAUGCCAGAGUGCGACUAUGGAAGCCGAUGAUCGAAGACAUGUACAAGGAGGAGUUCGGCGACAAUGAUGAUGAGGAUGCAGCAGAAGGAAGAGACUUUUCCUCUAAUUCUUCUCCCAAAAGGACAAAAGGAACAGCAAAGGACAACCCAGCAUCCGACGGUGAAGGUAAUGGUGUCCAACAACACACAACAACCUUAUUCAACCAAACUGGCCAUGAAGGUAUUAUCCAACCAAACAACAUCCCCAUGUUUGGGGGCGGCAAUCAAGUGUCCCUCGCUCUUGGCUUGCAGCAAAACCAGAACGACGAUGACAGUAAAGCAGAUUACUACUACAUGGACCAACAAGAAAGGUUUGCCAACUCCCACAUAUUACCAGAUUUUGUUGUAUGAUAAUGAUAAUAGUCUGCUUGUGUGGAUCAAUUUUUUCCUUUAUUCCCUUCCCACCGGGAAUAGAAUAUACUUUCUAAGCAUGUAUAUAACAGCUAUAUAUGUCUAGAUAAUCCAUUUGUUGUGCAAUACACAGUAAAUAACGUCGGUGGAAGGCUAGGCUAGUUUUUUCAAGCGAAAUUCGCAUAUUUUUUUUGCCAGUGAAAAAAAUACUGUAAUAAUGUAUAAAGUUUGCACAUUCUUGAGACAAAGAUUGCUCUUUUCAUCAAUGGUGGUACAGUGAGUCAAUUCUUUCUGUAUUACUACUAUUGUUACAAACUUCAACUUGGAAAUGGGU